CGGAGAGCAAAGCCAAGGCCAGGCCUCAAGCCCUCAACGGCUAUAUAUUCGUCUUCCCAAAAUGCUCAAAUCAAGGUAGCUAGCUACAAAUACAACGUGCAUUUGCGUGCGUGGGCUAGCUAGAGUUCGAGAUCGUUGGCCGUGUCCGAUCGAGCAGUUUAUAAGAUGGCCGUUUCCCGGUGGACGGCGUGGGUCGGAGCCGGCCUCCUGGCGCGCCUGCUCAUGCUCGCCGCCCUGCUCAUGUCGGUACGUUUCGUCCUGGCCAACCACACCGACGUCCUACUCACCGACAACGACUAUUACAAGCUCCAGAGCUACAAGUACGUGGUCGCGUCGGGCAUCCUGGGGUUGGCGGGGAGCCUGCUGCAGAUACCCGUCGCCAUCUACCUCCUGUGCAAGAGCAAGAGGAUGAUGCCCAGCGCCAUGGUCCUGGACAUCAGCAUGUAUGCAGACAUGGUGAUCAGCCUCGUGCUAACGAGCGGCGUGGGCGCCGGGUUCGGCGCCACAAACGACGUUCUGCGGUACGUCCACGGUGUCAUCUGGGAGCACCCGGAAGUCGAGAAGAUCCUCGUCGAUUAUUACAACAGGGCGAUCGUGGCCGUCGUCUUGCUCCUGGUCGGCAUGCUCCUCUCCAUCUGCGCCACGUUCGUCUCGGCCAGGCUCCGGGCCAAGGCAAUGAACGACCCUGAAGGUGUCUGACGACCGAUUAAUGCCAGGCCAUGAUGCUGCAGAUUGUAUGCAUGAUAUUAAUAGUUCGUUUUACGUAACAGGAAUUAGUUCAAUUUUUCAUGCCUCGCAUGUCGCGCCUUCAAAUUGUUUAGCUAGUACUGCAGAGUGCGGGUAGAUUCAUAGAUACCGUGUCGUAAUGUCAGGGAAGAAGGGGUCGGUGUGCAUCCUGUACAUGGAUUAGCAAUAGACACAAAAUGGAUACAGCCCUGUUAAUCAAGGUGGCUUUUCGUUGUGGCCA